AUGGUGUGGGUGGUGUCGAUGGUGUGGGUGGUGUCGAUGGUGUGGGUGGUGUCGAUGGUGUGGGUGGUGUCGAUGGUGUGGGUGGUGUCGAUGGUGUGGGUGGUGUCGAUGGUGUCGGUGGUGUCGGUGGUGUCGGUGGUGUCGGUGUCGGUGGUGUCGAUGGUGUCGGUGGUGUCGAUGGUGUCAGUGUCGAUGGUGUCAGUGGUGUCGAUGGUGUCGGUGGUGUCGAUGGUGUCGGUGGUGUCGAUGGUGUCGGUGGUGUCGAUGGUGUCGGUGGUGUCGAUGGUGUCGGUGGUGUCGAUGGUGUCGGUGGUGUCUGAUGUGGUGUUGAUGGUGUCAGUGGUGUUGAUGGUGUCAGUGGUGUUGAUGGUGUCAGUGGUGUUGAUGGUGUCAGUGGUGUUGAUGGUGUCAGUGGUGUUGAUGGUGUCAGUGGUGUUGAUGGUGUCAGUGGUGUUGAUGGUGUCAGUGGUGUUGAUGGUGUCAGUGGUGUUUGAUGGUGUCAGUGGUGUAUGA